AUGAAAGAUACUAAUAUUGAAGACGAGAAGAGCAUGGGGUUAUCAUCUCCCAAACAUCUCGAAUCCCAGGAGACUGUCCUACCUCAAGAUAUUUUUAGAAAUAAAUUCACCUGGUACUCGUAUGAGAUCUAUAAGUCCUUAGCAUUUCGUAUCUGGCUGCUAUUAUGGUUGCCACUUAGUGUUUGGUGGAAAAUGUCCACCGAUUGGGUUUAUCCAUUUUUAACUUCAAUUUUUCUGUUGCUAGGGCUAUUUUUUCCACUUCUUACUCAAUCGCUAUCUCAUGACCGUGCCUUAUCAAAACAACUUACCGAAUUUUCCAAAAUAAUUACCAAGAAUGCGCCAAGUAUGAACACUGAUGAUUGGAAAAGUGUUGCAGCAAAUUUCAAUUCGUAUUUGUAUGAGAGCAAAGCUUGGAAUACCAGGCACUUCUUUUUUGAUGUCUGGGACUGCCAAGAAUCAUUCAGAAGAAACAUUCUUGAACCGUUCUUUUUGCAAAAAGAUGAAGCUGCAAGGAUUAAGUCAUUCAAGGAAUCCGUUCCUUACAUCGAAGAGGCCGUGCAGACUUAUUUUGCGGAAGUUGACAAACGGUGGAAGUUGUUUAAUAGUGAGAAAUCAUGGAGCCCCGUUAACCUGGAAAACGCUCAGCUUCCCAAGGAAACUCAUCGGUUUAAGCUUACUUGGUUUUUAAAGAGGAUUUUCAAUAUUUCUUUAUUAAAACCAUUCCUUAUUUUUUUGUUAUCUAUAUAUUGGUCACUGAGAAUGUUCCGACUAUUACGCACCUUGUAUCUCGGGUGGAUGUUUUUCAUGAUGGUAGAAGGUUUCCCAAAUCUAAGGGUUUCGCUGAUGGGCAUGGAACACAAAAUGCAAUUUUUGUCAACGAUUAUAAAUGAGCAGAAGGCUGGUGCUAAUGGUUGGGAAGAAAUUGCAAAGAAAAUGAAUAGAUACUUGUUUGAAAAGAAAGUCUGGAAGAACGAAGAGUUUUUCUUUGACGGGACUGAUUGUGAACGCUUUUUUAGCGGCAGAUUCUACCACCUUCUAUCUUCAAAAAAAUCCAGGUGGCCUGUACUAAGGCCAUACAUUAAAGAAGCACAAGCAUCUCGUAGUGACAAUUUUUAA